AUUACUAUACAUACACACAACAAACACUGUUGCCGUUUGAGCAGGUCGCUUUCAGUAAUUCUGAAAAAAUCAGUGACACUUUCCUGUUGUUUGUGAAAGUGGGACUAGUAAUUCACGAAAGGAAAUUCAGUUAGUGUUUUUAUUGAAUUUUGUUAACUUUUUCAUACAAAAUUUGAAUAAAUUGUGUUCCGCAACCGGUAUAAUACAGAUUUAACCGAAAAUGUCCAACAUAAUCUUAAAACAAGUUUCAAAUGGGGUAAUCCAACACAGUCAACGUGGAGCCGUAAGUCUUUUGGCCGUGGUUGGUUUUGGUGAAGACAAGCGAACGUUUUCCGUCUCCACGCCCAACACAUCGCUAAAAUUUUACGCAAAGAACAACACAAACAGAAGACGGCUUAAUCAAAUCAGACACUUGGGCACUGCCAUAUUAAAAUCUCCUCUCGGUACCCACGGACCCAUACCCAACGAGCACUUGGUGCAACAUGUUUACCGGUCGAUCGAUAACUUCAUGGAAGAACCAGCAGCGACAUGUGCAGCGUCUGGAAGGAGUUAUACUUAUGGAAUGUUGCGAAUGCUGAUUAACAGGUGUGCGCAAGCUCUACUAGGACAUUGCGGUUUAAAGCCUAAAGAGGUUGUCGGCUUACUUCUACCGAACAUUCCAGAAUAUAUCAUAGUGUGUCACGGUGCGCUAGAAGCUGGCCUUGCCGUCACUUUUGUCAAUCCUCUUUAUACGCCAGAUGAAAUAAAGAGGCAGUUUGAAAAUGCUGGCGUAAAGAUGAUUAUAACAAUUCCAUUACUUCUUGAAGUAGCCACAACAAUAGCACCCAGUCUUCCUGGAUACAAAUCUACAAUUUGUAUUGGCGGCGAUGAUGAUGCAUCAAAAAACGUGCAUGGUCUUAUGAGUUUACUGACAUCAGGACACGAGUCGGACUUACCCGAAAUACACCCAGAUAGCUUAGCGCUUUUACCGUAUUCUAGUGGAACAACUGGUUUACCAAAAGGUGUUAUGCUAUCGCACAGGAAUCUUGUCGCUAACUUGGUCCAAGGCGAUCAUCCAGCAAUGGUAAACAAUGAAUUUACGAAAAGUGGAGAGAGACAUAAAGUACUCACAGUCCUACCAUUUUUCCAUAUUUAUGGAUUUAACGGGAUUAUGAAUAUCAGCUUACGUACGGGCUGCCAUCUGAUCACCAUACCACGAUUCACUCCUGAAGACUACAUUAAAGCCCUGGAAGAACAUCAACCAUCAUAUCUUUUUGUGGUUCCAUCACUGCUUCUUUUCUUGGCGACGCAUCCCGCUGUGAAAACGGAACACUUGAGCUCUGUAGAGGGCAUAACGUCCGGAGCAGCGCCUUUAACAGAAGGUUUAUUGCAAAAAUUCAGACAGAAACUAGAUAAUCCUAAUGUCUCCAUUAGACAGGGUUACGGUAUGACAGAAACUUCUCCAGUUACAUUCCUAAUGCCCAUAUUAACUCCUCCAUCGAAAAUUGGCACCAUAGGGUUGCUUUAUCCUGGCACCGAAGCAAAAGUUAUCAGCCUAAAGAAUGGAGAGCCUCUCGGAACGCAUCAGGCUGGCGAGCUGUUAGUACGUGGACCCCAAGUUAUGAUGGGAUAUAUGAAUAAUGAAAAAGCAACCGCUGAAAUAAUUGAUGAAGAAGGUUGGCUUCACACGGGUGACGUGGUUUAUUACGAUGAAGAUGGUUAUUUUUACAUUGUGGACAGAUGUAAAGAACUCAUCAAAGUAAAAGGAAAUCAGGUAUCGCCUACAGAGCUAGAAAAUCUAAUCAUGGAAAUUGAAGGCAUAAUGGACGCAGCCGUGGUGGGUAUCCCAGACGAUUUAGCCGGAGAAGUACCAAGGGCGUACGUAGUAACUAAACCAGGACAAAAUUUAAAUGAAGAGGACAUUCAGAGGUUUGUAAGUGCCAAAGUAACACACUACAAAAAGCUCGCCGGAGGAGUGAAGUUUAUCAAUUCCAUCCCCAGAAACCCCAGCGGUAAAAUACUGAGACAGGAACUAAAAUUGCAAUAAUAUCACGGCUUUUCCGAUUCCGAAUAAUUAAUAAGUAUUUAUGUAUGGUCUAAAUGUUUAGAUUUUUGUUUUGUACAUUUUUUAAAUAAUAUUAUUAGUAUCUAGAAUUAUUUGUACAAUUUAUUUUUAUGGUGAAAGUGUAUCUAUUUUAUUUAUAAUUAUACGUUUUAUUUUAGAUGUAAAUUUGUAAAUAUUUGUUAGUUUUAUGGACCGAGCAUGUAUAUUUUUAUAAAUAAAAUGUUUUAAAAUUGAUAA